UACUUUUGAAGUUUUUUUUUAUAAAAUGUGGUGGGGCUAUAGUCCACCGUUGGACUUGAGACUAGAAAUUCAUGAGAGUGAGAAUAAUUGUUUGGAGGAUCCUGUGGAAUUUUUAAUUGUAGGAAGUGCUGAUGCGAGACAUAUCACAAAAACUCUUGCAUCAUCUUACAUGCAUCCUAAACGUCCUAUAAGAUUUCAUGUUAUCGAACCAACUAUGGAGCAAGUUGCCAGAUCUAUAUUACUUCUAAGUACAUGUUUAGAGGAAAAUUUAGGUCUGCAAGAAGCUACGCAGUAUUAUUUGGAAAUUUUGGGAAAUACGUUAUUGAGACCUGCAACAGCUAAAUAUUUGGUCAGACGUGCCAAUAGAUUGGUUGAUAUACCGACGAAAACAAUCGAAUGUCCCUGGCUGUCUUUGGAUAAACUAAAACAUAGGGACAGAGAUCGUUUGGAAUGGAUUUUUAAGUUUUGGGGACGUGCUACCUGCGAGGGUGUUCCUGUUGUUGAGUAUUGGGAUCGCAGAGUGAGAAAAUUAUUAGGAACUCGAUAUGAUUAUAAGGAUGGUGCCUUUGAUUGGGACUUUCAUAUGGUAUUGAAGCCCCGAGGGCAUAAAAAUUUAACUAUACAAGAGUACAGAUUUUGGAGAAAUAAUGGAAUUGCGUUUACUUGGUUGGAAGGAGAACCAGCUAGGAGUAAUCCAACUUUGCUUAGUAAUAUUUUACCUCAGGGAGAUGGUUUCUUUCAUUAUGCCUACCUGGGGGACAUAACGAAUGGCCCUUAUUUGACAUGGGCUCUAGAUGAGGAGACGGAAGACAAGAAAAAUAAAAAGCAGAAAUUAAGGGCAACGGAUACAGCUGAGAAGGAAGUGUUACAGGUAAUUCAUGAAAUAAGAACAAAUGAACCACUGUGCUGUGAAUUGGUGGCAGCACACAGAGAUCCAUCCAUCUUAAAUGGUAUCAUAAUGACAGAGAUGCCAGACAGUGAAAUUGAACAAGAAUCUUGGAGUUUGGGCAAUACGAUUUCAAGAAUGAAAGAAACCAUUUUAUGGAAACUCAUUCCUGAUAUUCAGAUAAUCAUACACCCUGUAACGGCACUGGAUAAUUACAAGAAUAAAUUAGAAUUUAUGAAUAAGUUUGACGUCGUCUGGCUAUCACACAAUAUGACAAAUCAAUUGGGAAACACAGCACCAUUAUUAAAAACAGGAGGAAAGAUGUUAAUCGAGUCAAGAAAAUUCUUAACGGAAUUGCGCAAAGAUGAUUUGGAAAAAUUUACAAAGGAUUUGAAAGCUCAAGCUAGAGACAAUGGUCUCAGAGAAUUAAUUGACUUUGAUGCUGAAAAACAUGUAGUAGCAAGGUUCUGUAAAUGCUGAAUGAUACAGUGUCUAUAAAAUGUUAUUUACAUACAGUAUAUUAAUAUGUUUUCAUUCAUAACUUUUGCAUAAACAUUAAAAAAA